UCCAUGUUCAGACAUUCAAUUCUAUUUUUCUAAAUGUCUAUCAUUAGAGUUACUUUCCAAUUAUUCUGGAUGUAAAACUGCUACUCAAAUUUUACAAGAUCAAGAAGUUUCAGAACAGGCUAUCAUGCAAUUUACUUGUCAUAAAUGUGUUCAAGGG